CUUAUCACUAGGAGAGCUGGAAAGGCCAGGGUUAGGAAAGGGGACGUGAUGGAGAAAGGGAAUUGAUCCUGUUGAUGUAAGCAGAAUGAGUUGAAAGGAUUUACAAAGGACAUAUAUCUUCAUCCAACCAUGGGUAUGAUGACCUGGCGUGAUAUGUGGGCUGUUGCCAUGGGUGACGUUACCCCUGACUUCCUACAUUUCCACCCGAUACUGGCCUCCAUUUCCAUCUACAUACUCAUCAUGAUGGUCUGCUAUCUACUGUAUCAGCUCUCCGGUCUCCUUCCAUCCCCUUUACGUAGCUAUGCAUUCGACUUCUUCACCACAAUGGCCUUCUGUGCUUAUCCCUUCGGCCAUGCUAUCAUCCGACAAGCAUACGGUGGUGCUGGGUACAUGGCUGCAAUGGUGCCUUUAGUUUUCAUUUCCAUACAUGUUUUUUCGCAAGGAAAAGGGUCGCCACUUGGAUACUGGAUGGGAUAUUUACAAGGAACUACUUCUCUAUGGACAAUGCUAACGCAUAUCCUUGUACAGAUCCUGGCUGGUAUUGCAUCAUUCAGUCUUGGAAGAUAUUUAUACAUGCUUGACUUUCAUGAAUCCUUUGCCACAGUUCUUUCUACUGAGAGGUGCUUUACAGAUAUGAAGACCACUCUGGCUACAGGCUUUCUGGUGGAGAUGCUGGGCGUGACAUUCGAUGGCUGGCUGGGACAACAGACUUUGUUUAGGGUCUCAUUCAUUGAUAGUUUGCUCAAGAUCAUCAAUUGCAGCAUCUUGGUAAAUUUAGGAGUGAACUUUACUGGGAUGUACAUGCACCCAGCCAUGGCCUCUGGUCUUACAUUUGGAUGUGAUGGCACAGAGAAAUGGGAGCACCUGUUGGUGUACUGGGUAGGUCCAUUCACCGGCUGUUUCCUCGCCUUACAGCUCAACAAAUUUGUCAAAAUUCCGGAUUGGUCUGAAGUACAAAGAGAGAAGAUGCUAGAUGUCAAACAGUCAGGUGCUAGCAAGAAUGGUUUGGUUAACGGCCACAAUGGCAGAAUGUCGAAGUCUUCAACAGAGGCUUUCAAAAAGCAGCUACGAAGAAGGAACAAGCGAUGGUAUUAGAGAGUGAUGAAAUUCAAAAUGUCUUCAUACUUAAGGAAAAAAAUGCCAAAUUUUCUGUGUUCCAAUGUUAUAUUUUGAUAUAAUCAAGAUAAUUAUUAUUUAGACCAGGUUAUUUACUCAGAAGGUGCUGGAGAUGAAAUUGAUAUAUGUAAAUCUUGUUUGAUAUUUAAGUGUAUGUUCCCUAUUCAUUUGUUAACUCAAUGCAUCAUAUAUGAACAUUGUGUACUCACAGGGACUUUGCACAUCAAAUCCACAGUCUAUUACAUACCAUAUAUGUAGUUCAGGGGCCACGGUGACUGAUUGGUUAAGGUGUCCCAACACUUUAUCACUUGCCCUCUACCUCUGGGUUGCGAGUUGGAAACCCACGUGGGGCAGUUGCCAGGUACUGACCAUAGGUCGUUGUU